AUUGUCUAUUGGUUGUAACUAACUGGUUCUUUUGUCACCGACUCCAUGGAAAUCCCAAUCGGCAGUUGACUGAUCGAUCAACCGAACAAAGAGACGAUACAUCGCCGGCGGGAAAUGGAACCGCAGCCGGUCCUUCUGGAAGACUUCGGGCAGAAGGUCGAUUUGACGCGUAGGAUCAGAGAGGUUCUGCUCAACUACCCGGAGGGCACCACCGUCCUCAAGGAGCUCAUUCAGAACGCUGAUGACGCCGGAGCCACUACCGUCCGCCUCUGCCUCGACCGCCGCACCCAUGGCGUCGACUCCCUGCUCUCCCCCACCCUCGCGCAGUGGCAAGGGCCUGCACUGCUCGUAUACAACGACGCCGUUUUCACUAACGAGGACUUCGUUAGUAUUUCGCGGAUUGGUGGCAGCACUAAGCACGACAAGGCCUGGAAGACCGGUCGAUUUGGGGUGGGCUUCAACUCGGUAUACCAUUUGACUGACUUGCCUUCUUUUGUAAGCGGCAAACAUGUUGUUCUGUUUGAUCCUCAGGGUGUUUAUCUUCCCAAUGUCUCUGCUGCUAAUCCUGGGAAGAGAAUUGAUUAUGUUAGUUCCUCAGCUAUCUCACUGUAUACAGAUCAGUUUUUACCAUAUUGUGCUUUUGGUUGUGACAUGAAAACCCCUUUCCAUGGAACUUUAUUUCGUUUUCCUUUAAGGGAAGCAGACCAGGCUGCAAAUAGUAAGCUCUCAAUGCAAGCCUAUCCCGAAGAAGAUAUAUCUUCCAUGUUUGCUCAGCUCUUUGAGGAAGGAAUCCUCCUCCUACUUUUUCUUAAAUGUGUUCUGUCUAUAGAAAUGUAUGUGUGGGAUGUAGGGAUGCAGGAGCCAAGGAAAUUGUACUCUUGCUCUAUCAGUUCUGCAAAAGAAAAUGUGUUGUGGCAUCGCCAAUCACUUCAAAGAAUUUCUAAACUGAACCAUGGUUUUGAUAGUGAGAUGGGUGCUUUCUCAUUGGAUUUCUUGAGUGAAGCUGUUAUUGGAGAUGUUCCAAGAACAAGAGCCCAUAAGUUCUAUAUAGUGCAAAUGAUGGCAUCAUCAUCAAGUAGAAUUGGUACUUUUGCUGCAAAGGCAGCAAAGGACUAUGACAUGCAUCUGUUGCCUUGGGCAUCGGUGGCAGCAUGUAUAUCAGAUGAUUCACUCAAUGAUGAUGUUCUAAAACUUGGGCGUGCAUUCUGUUUUCUUCCACUGCCAGUAAAAACUGGUUUCCGAGUUCAAAUUAAUGGAUAUUUUGAGGUUUCUUCGAACCGACGUGGUAUUUGGUAUGGCGAUGACAUGGACAGAUCUGGUAAGAUUCGUUCUAUUUGGAACAGGCUUCUGUUGGAAGACGUUGUAGCACCUAGUUUUGGUAAAUUGCUGAUUAGUGGACGAGAACUCCUCCGUUCAACAAAAGACUAUUAUUCUUUGUGGCCGAUUGGGUCAUUUGAAGAGCCAUGGACUUUGUUAGUUGAGCAGAUCUACAAAAGUAUUUGGGAUUCACCAGUCUUAUAUUCAAAUGUUGAAGGUGGAAAGUGGAUUUUACCUAAGGAAGCAUUUUUUCAUGACAUGGAGAUUUAUGGAACUAAGGAAAUUUAUGAUGUUCUUGUCCAGCUUGGGAUGCCUAUUGUUUCUUUGCCUAGUGAUCUGUUUGAGAUGAUUUUAAGUUGCAAAUCAGUCCGCGAUAAGAAAGUUGUUACUCCUGAUUCUGUGCGUCAGUAUUUGAGAGAGUGCAGAUAUUUACAUGUAAUUGGCAGACUAGAGAAACUUGUGCUGUUGGAGUAUUGUCUUGAGGACUUGAUUGACACAGAUGUUGGUAUUCAUGCAUCUGGCCUGCCUUUUCUUCCACUGGCAGAUGGUAAUUUUGGAUCAUUAUCCAGAUCCUUGGAAGGCACUACGUAUUAUAUUUGUAAUGAGCUUGAAUAUAUGCUUCUUCAACAAGUUUCUAAUAGAAUUAUUGAUAGGAGUAUUCCCACAAAGUUGCAUGACAGACUUACAUCGAUAGCAAAUGUCUCAGGGGCAAACCUAGUUGUUCUUACCGUAAAUGAGUUCAUUCAAAUAUAUGCUGAACUAGUACCUGCAGAAUGGAAAUAUAAGACUCAGGUUCUCUGGAGUCCGAGUUCCAGUUCUUCUCAUCCUAGUAUCUCUUGGUUUUCGCUUUUUUGGCGCUACCUUUAUGAACAAUGUGAAGAAUUAUCUGCCUUUGGAGAUUGGCCUAUAAUACCAUCAGUUACUGGGCAUUUGUAUAGGCAUUCGAGGCAAAAUAAAUUGCUGAAUGCGGAAAAAUUGUCGGAGAAAUUACAAAGUAUCCUUGUCAAGAUGGGAUGCAAAAUUCUGAACAGCAAUUAUUGCAUUGGACACCCUGGUCUGACGAAAUAUGUGCACAAUGCUGAUGCUGCAGGCGUUCUGGAUGCAAUAUAUGAUGUGUCUUCUAAUGAUAAUAUUACUCAACUUCUUCAGUGUCUGGAAGGAGAUGAAAAAGAUGAGCUUCGUCAGUUUCUUCUGAAUCCUGCAUGGUUUGUUGGAAAGCAAUUGGAUGAUUCUCAUAUACAGAGUAGCAAGUGGCUUCCUAUUUAUAGAGUUUAUGAUGGAGAAUCUGCUGAAAAUUUCAAGUAUGCUGAUUUAGUAAACCCUAAUAAAUUCUUGCCCCCAAAUGACUGUCCAGAGUGCCUGUUUUCUGGAGAGUUUCUCUUUAAUUUCUCGAGCACUGAUGAAGAGUUGCUAAGGAGAUAUUAUGGUAUUGAAAGAAUGAAGAAGACACAGUUUUUAAUGAUGAAUGUUUUUGAUAGAAUAGGGCAGUUGGAAAGUGAUCUCCGCAACAACAUCAUGCUUUCAGUUCUUCAGGAGCUACCACAUUUGUGUAUGGAGGAUACAUUGUUCAGAGAAUAUUUGAGAAAUCUGGAGUUUGUGCCAACUGUAAGUGGCACCCUAAAAAGUCCUGCCAUGCUGUAUGAUCCAAGGAAUGAGGAAUUGUAUGCUUUAUUAGAAGAUUCUGAUUGUUUUCCUUUUGGUGAUUUCGAGGAAUCAGGUGUCUUAGACAUGUUACAAGGAUUGGGUCUUAAGACAACUGCUUCCUUUGAGGCAGUCAUACAAAGUGCUCGUCAUGUGGAACGCUUAAUGCACAUAAAUCAAGAAAAAGCUCAUUCAAGAGGAAAGAUACUUCUUUCAUAUCUUGAGGUCAAUGCAGUAAAGUGGCUUUCCGAUACAUCAGAGGGUGAGCAAAGAACAGUCAGUAGAAUUUUUGUAAGAGCUUCGAAUGCAUUUAAAUACCGUCAUCUCAAAUCAGAGAUGGAAAAGUUCUGGAAUGAGCUCAGGUUGAUUUCAUGGUGCCCAGUUCUUAUCUCUCCUCCAUACAAAUCAUUACCGUGGCCAAUUGUUUCAUCUUUGGUGGCGCCUCCAAAGGUGGUAAGACUAUACACGGACUUGUGGCUUGUUUCUGCAAGUAUGCGGAUAUUAGACAGAGAAUGCUCCUCGUCUGCAUUAUCCUAUGAACUUGGUUGGUCUAACCCUCCAGGAGGAAGUAUAAUUGCUGCUCAGUUGCUUGAGCUUGGGAAAAAUAAUGAGAUGGUCUCUGAUCCCAUUCUCCGGCAAGAACUGGCUCUGGCAAUGCCAAAGAUAUAUUCUCUCUUGAUGCGCUUGCUUGGUUCUGAUGAAAUUGACAUUGUAAAAGCCAUUCUAGAAGGUUGCCGGUGGAUAUGGGUCGGAGAUGGAUUUGCCACCUCGAAUGAGGUGGUCCUCAAUGGUCCUCUUCAUUUGGCCCCUUACAUCCGUGUCAUCCCUAUUGAUUUGGCUGCCUUCAGUGACUUGUUUCUGGAUCUGGGAAUUCAGGAAUAUUUGCAGCCUUCUGAUUAUGCAAAUAUAUUAAAUAGAAUGGCCUCUAAGAAGGGUGCAACUCCUUUGGAUUCUCAGGAAAUUACUGCUGCUACUUUUAUUGCUCAGCACCUUGCUGAAGCUCACUUCUGUGAAGAUCAUACUAUCAUAUACCUUCCAGAUGUAUCAGGCAGACUUGUCAAUGCCACAAAUUUAGCAUACAAUGAUGCACCCUGGUUGCUUGAGUCUGAUAACUCUGACAGAUUACUCGGCAGUGCCGCUAUGUCUUUAGGUGCAAAACAAGCUGUUCAUAAAUUUGUUCACGGUAAUAUUUCUCAUGAUAUUGCUGAAAAGCUUGGGGUAAGAUCAUUUCGAAGGAUUUUGCUUGCAGAGAGUGCUGACUCGAUGAAUUUGAGUUUAUCUGGAGCUGCUGAAGCAUUUGGGCAGCAUGAAGCAUUGACAACCAGACUAAGACAUAUACUGGAAAUGUAUGCUGAUGGGCCUGCAGUUCUUUUUGAGUUGGUACAAAAUGCUGAAGAUGCAGGAGCUUCAAAUGUGACAUUUUUAUUGGAUAAAUCUCAUUAUGGGACAUCAUCUCUUCUUUCGCCUGAAAUGGGAGAUUGGCAAGGCCCAGCACUGUAUUGUUUCAAUGACUCUGUUUUUACCUCACAAGACCUUUAUGCUGUUUCCCGGAUCGGCCAAGAAAGUAAACUAGAGAAACCAUUUGCAAUUGGAAGAUUUGGUCUUGGUUUUAAUUGCGUUUAUCACUUCACUGAUAUUCCAACUUUUGUUUCGGGAGAAAAUAUUGUCAUGUUUGAUCCUCAUGCCUGCAAUUUGCCUGGAAUAUCUCCAAGCCACCCUGGUCUCCGGAUUAAAUUUGCAGGCAGAAAUAUUCUGGAGCAGUUUCCUGAUCAGUUUUCACCAUUUCUACACUUUGGAUGUGAUCUGCAGCAUCCAUUUCCUGGAACUCUUUUCCGUUUUGCUCUUAGGACAACUAAUGCUGCCUCUAGAAGCCAAAUAAAAAAAGAGGUCUAUAAACCGUCUGAUGUCCUAUCACUCUUUUCUUCCUUUACGGAGGUUGUUACUGCUACUCUUCUCUUUCUGCGCAAUGUGAAGACUAUAUCUGUUUAUGUUAAAGAAUGGCCUGAUAGUGAAAUGCAAUUACUGCACUGUGUUCGCAAAGAUUGUGCUAAUGAGCCUGAAAUUGAAAAAAGUCCAUUUCAUCAGAUAUUUAACUCUAUGCAUGUGAACCAACGGGAUAGAUUGUCUAUGGAUCAAUUUUUUAACAAGUUGAGCAAAUCCAUCAAAACAGAUGUUCCAUGGAGAUUUCAGAAGCUUUUGGUGUCUGAGAAGAACCUUUCAGGUUCUAGGUCAUGCUUGUGGUUAACUUGUGAAUCCUUAGGUAAUUUCCACAGGAAGGGUAAGUUUUCUACCUUGAACAAGAAAUUGUGCAAGUUUGUUCCCUGGGUCUGUAUAGCAACACCUGUCAGUUCUGUUGAGGUUGAAAAUAGAAGCGGCGGUAGCGAGGAUGUUUCCGAUUCAUCUUUUCCAGAUACUGGUGACAUUUUGCAGAUCCUUCAAACAUCUAUGCAAGCCACUUCUAAUUUUGAUGGCCGUGCUUUUUGCUUUUUACCACUUCCAAUUAGCACUGGUCUUCCAGUUCACAUAAAUGCCUAUUUUGAGUUGUCUUCAAACCGGAGGGAUAUAUGGUUUGGUGAUGACAUGGUAGGGGAUGGGAAGAUCCGUGCAGACUGGAACAUGUACCUCAUUGAAGAAGUUGCUGCUCCUGCUUAUGGUCAUCUUCUUGAGACAGUUGCCCUGGAGUUUGGCCCAAGUGAUUUAUUCUUCUCUUUUUGGCCAAAAACUGGAGGGUUUGAACCUUGGACCUCACUAGUACAGAAGCUCUACCAGUUUGUCUCUGAGAAUGGUCUUCGCGUGUUAUACACAAAGGCCCGAGGAGGGCAGUGGAUUUCGGCCAAGCAAGCAAUUUUUCCUGAUCACAAUUUUGAAAAAUCACAGGAACUUGCUGAAGCAUUAUCUGAUGCAGGUUUGCCUGUGGCUGAUGUUCCAAAGGAGAUAGUUAACAAAUUUAUGGAAAUUUGCCCGUCACUUCAUUUCCUGAAUCCUCAAUUACUGAGAACACUUCUAAUUCGUAAGACACGUGAAUUCAAAGAAAAAAGUUCAAUGAUCUUAACCCUUGAGUACUGCCUUCUCGAUCUUAGAAGUCCAGUUGCCUCAAAGAGUUUGUGUGGGUUACCAUUAAUACCACUUUCAAGUGGCGCAUUUACAAAACUGGACAGAAGAGGGCUGGCAGAACAAAUUUAUCUAAAUAGGGGAGAUGGAUACAGUCUUCUGAAAGAUUCUAUUCCUCAUCAACUGGUAGACUGCACAGUUUCCGAUUAUCUCUAUGAUAAGUUAUGUUGUCUAGCUGAAACCGAAGAAUUUAAUCUCUCUUUCCUGACCUGUCAACUCCUUGAAAAUAUUCUUCCUAGGCUAGUUCCUGUAGAAUGGAAUAAUGCUAAGGAGGUGACUUGGGUUCCUGGCCAUGAAGCUCAUCCCAGUUUGGAAUGGAUAAGGUUACUGUGGAGCUAUUUGAGAUCAUCUUGUGAGGAUCUUUCAUUGUUUUCUAACUGGCCAAUUUUGCCAGUUGAAGAUAGUCGUCUCAUGCAGCUUGUUGAAAAUUCUAAUGUGAUCAGAGAUGGUGCGUGGAGUGAAAACAUGUCAGGGUUGUUGCAGAGAGCGGGAUGCCUAAUCCUGAGGCGCGAUCUCAGAAUUGAACAUCCGCAGUUGAAAGUUUAUGUACAGGAUUCGACAGCAAUGGGUGUUCUAAAUGCACUGAUGGCAGUCGCCGGUGGACUAAAUGGUGUUGGGCAUCUCUUUAGUCAUGCUACAGAUGGGGGACUGCAUGAGAUGAGAAGUUUUAUUCUUCAGUCAAGAUGGUUUUCUGAUGAUUUAAUGGACAACACUCAUGUCAAUAUUAUCAAGGAGAUACCUAUGUUUGAGUCGUUUAAGAGUAGGAAACUUGCACCUUUAAAAUCUCUUAAAUGGCUGAAGCCAGAAUUUGCACGGGAGUGCUUUUUAGAUGAGGACUUUGUGAAAUUGGAUUCAGAGAAAGAAAGAACAAUCCUGAAGAAAUACUUAGCUAUUGAAGAACCAUCAAGAUUGCAUUUCUAUGAAAACUAUGUAAUCCCUCAGAUGUCUGAACUUAUCGCCCAAAAGGAUCUUCUCUUAGAUAUUUUACAUGAUAUGAGAUCCUUGAUUGAGGAGGAUAACACUUGCAAAGAAGCAUUCUCUGCUGUUCCUUUUGUUCAGUCAUCUGAAGGAGCUUGGAGAGAGCCGUUCAGGCUUUAUGAUCCCCGUGUUACUGAACUUAACUUGUUUCUCCAUAGCGGAGCUUUCUUCCCCUCGGAGAAUUUCUCUAACCCUGAAAUCUUGGAAAUUUUGGUCACUCUUGGGCUUAAGAAAACCUUGGAUACAGCUGGAUUGCUUGAUUGUGCCAGGUCGGUCUCCAUGUUGUACGAAUCAAUGGACUCUCAGGCAUUAUUAUUUGCAAGGAGGCUGCUUUCUUGUUUAAAUUCACUGUCACUGAAACUGUCGUAUGCAGAAAAGAGUGAGCAUACCGCUGAUACUACAGAAUACCAAGAGAGUGCACAACCUGGAGAUGGAGAGGACUUGCCUAUUUCUGGUUCAGUGGAGUCCUUAUUUAAGUCUUUAAAUGUUCAUUCAAUAGUCAACAACUUGGUUGGUGAUACACGUGGUGAAGAUUUCUGGUUAGGUCUGCGGUGUAUCAGCUGGUGUCCAGUAUAUUCUGAUCCGCCAGUCAAGGCUCUUCCCUGGUUAGCCUCAGUCCAGACGAUUGCAGCACCAGCUACUACCAGGCCCGAAUCACAUAUGUGGAUGGUGUCCACGAAGUUGCAUAUAUUGGAUGGUGAAUGUUCUAAAUACCUACAGCACAAGCUUGGAUGGUUGGAUCCACUGCCUGUGGAUAUCUUGUGUGCCCAGUUAGUGGGGUUAGCUAAUACCUAUGAUGAGCUCAGGUUGCAUCAUGAUGCAGAACUGAGACAGAAAAUACCAUUGAUUUAUUCACAGCUGCAAAAUUAUAUGAAGUCUGAUGAGCUGGCACUUCUUCAGUCUUCCUUGACUGGUGUUAAAUGGGUUUGGAUUGGAGAUGAUUUUGUGGCGCCUGAUGUGCUUGCAUUUGAUUCACCUGUGAAGUUUAGUCCUUACAUUUAUGUGGUACCAUCUGAGCUAUCAAUAUUCCAGGAUUUGCUCUUAGCGUUAGGAGUAAGACAUAAUUUUGAUGUUACAGAUUAUAUUAGAGUUCUGAAACGGCUACAUAAUGAUGUUAAAGGUGACACCCUCUCAAUUGAUCAGCUGAAUUUUGUCCAAUGUGUCCUUGAGACAAUUGCAGAUAGCUUCGUGGAGGGGUCUGGACUACAGAAUCCCAGUAUGAUACUGGUUCCAGAUUCUACUGGAGUGCUUAUGGGUUCAGCAGAUCUUGUGUAUAAUGAUGCACCAUGGAUGGAAAGCAAUUCUCUUGCUGGUAAACGCUUUGUUCAUUCCUCCAUCAGCUUUGAUCUUGCCAACAGGUUGGGCAUUCAAUCACUUCGGUCUCUUUCUUUAGUCAGUAAAGAAUUGACUAAAGAUUUUCCAUGCAUGGCUUAUAGCAAGAUAAUUGAGUUACUGGAAUCACAUGGCAACUACGAAUUUCUUCUUUUUGAUUUGCUUGAGUUGGCUGAUUGUUGCAAAGCCAAAAAGCUUCACCUCAUAUUUGACAAGAGGGAACAUCCACGCCAGUCUCUGUUGCAGCACAACCUAGCUGAAUUUCAAGGGCCUGCAUUGGUGGCAAUCUUAGAGGGAGCCAGCUUAAGUGGAGAUGAAGUUGCUAGUCUCCAGUUUCUUCCACCAUGGAGUCUGAGGGGUGACACUGUAAACUAUGGCUUGGGAUUGCUUAGCUGUUUCUCCAUCAGUGAUCUGCCAUCAGUGAUAUCUGAUGGCUUUUUGUAUAUUUUUGAUCCUCAGGGUGUAGUAAUUGCUACAUCCACAACACACUCACCUUCUGCGAAAGUUUUUCCCCUGAGAGGUACCAAAUUGACUGAGAGAUUUCGUGACCAGUUUAGUCCAAUGAUGAUUUAUGAAAAUAUGCCAUGGUCAGCAGCUGAUUCCACUGUUAUACGCCUGCCUCUUUCAUCUAAAUGCAUGGAAGAUGGAGUCGACUCUCGCCUGACAAGGAUAUUUGAUAAGUUCAUGGAGCAUGCUUCUAAACCAAUUCUAUAUCUGAAGUCAAUUUUGCAGGUAUCCUUGUCAACAUGGGAAGAUGGAAGCCCAGAACCAUGCCUUGAUUAUUCUAUUGAUAUUGAUCCGUUGUCUGCUGUUGCUAGAAAUCCAUUUUCAGAAAAGAAGUGGAAGAAAUUCCAACUCUCAAGUAUAUUUGGAAGCUCUACUGCUGCAAUUAAGUUGCAAGUUCUGGACUUAAACUUGAAUAAAGGGGGGAUGAGAUUUGUUGAUCGAUGGCUCGUUGUGCUCAGCAUGGGUUCUGGUCAAACAAGAAAUAUGGCACUAGAUAGGAGGUAUCUUGCAUACAACCUCACACCUGUAGCUGGGGUUGCAGCUCACAUAUCACGAAAUGGCCAUCCUAUUGACGAACAUCCAUCAAAUGCCAUCAUGUCCCCUCUCCCUCUAUCAAGCAUUAUAAAUAUGCCAGUAACAGUGGUGGGAUCUUUUCUUGUGCGCCAUAAUCGGGGUCGGUAUCUUCUCAUAUCUCAAGAGGGUAAAGGAGAAUUUAGGGUACAAUCCGAUGCUGGAAGUCAGUUGAUUGAAGCUUGGAACAUAGAGCUGUUGUCUUGUGUUCGUGACUCUUAUAUCAAGUUGAUAGUUGAGAUGCAAAAGUUACGGAGAGACUCUCUGGGUUCUAUUCUUGAAACAAAUUUAGGCCACGCUGUGAGUUUGAGUUUAAGAUCUUACAGGGAUGAAAUGUAUUCGUUCUGGCCUAGGUCAUGCCAGAACAACCUGCUCAAGCAACAUCUAGAUGGUCAAGAUGGAACUCCGAACCCUCUUGAGACAGACUGGAAACAUCUAAUUGAACAAGUAAUUAGGCCAUUGUAUUCUCGACUUGUUGAACUUCCUGUUUGGCAGUUAUAUUCUGGAAGUUUGGUGAAGGCAGCAGAUGGUAUGUUUCUCUCACAACCUGGAAAUGGAGUGGGUGAGAAUUUGCUACCUGCCACUGUUUGUGCUUUUGUCAAGGAACAUUAUCCUGUUUUUUCAGUCCCGUGGGAGCUGGUGACUGAAAUCCAGGCGGUAGGUUUUUCCGUAAGAGAAAUCAAACCUAAGAUGGUCCGGAACCUUCUCCGGGCUUCAUCCCCAUCUAUUGGCAGUUGGUCGAUUGACACCUAUAUAGAUGUACUUGAGUACUGCUUAUCUGAUAUCCAACUUGUGGAGCCAUCCAGUGAACUCCCCACUCCAAGGGACUCGAAUAUUCCUGAAUUUGGUUCUGUAAGCCAGAAAGAAGACGGUCAUCCAUUUGCUUUACCAGGAACCAGUCGACGUAGGCAUCAUGGGGUUUCCACUGCCACUUCAGUUGGUUCUGGAGGAGACCCAAUUGAAAUGAUGACAAGCUUAGGGAGGGCUCUACUUGAUCUUGGACGUGGUGUUGUUGAAGAUAUAGGCAGGGGAGGAGAUUCUUCAUCGUACAGGCAUCCUUUGACUGGACAUACUAUAUAUGGGCCUCAUGGCUCGAGUACAAGUGAGGAACAGCGGCUAUUCCAGAUAUCUUCUGAAAUCAAAGGUUUACCUUGUCCAACUGCAAAAAACAGUCUUAUCAAAUUGGGGUUUACUGAGGUUUAUAUUGGAAAUAAGGAGGAACAGUCUCUGGUUACUUCUUUAGCUGGGAAGUUUAUUCAUGCAGAAGUGGUGGAGAGACCAGUGCUACAGAAUAUUUUUUCUAACUGCUCUAUACAAUCAUUCUUAAAACUUCAAGCGUUCUCCCUUCGCUUGCUUUCAAGCCAGAUGACAUCUGUUUUUCAUGAAAACUGGGCAAAUCAUUUAAUUGACUCAAAAAAUGCACCCUGGUUUUCAUGGGAAAGAUCAGCAAGUUCUGCUUGUGAAGCAGGUCCUUCUCCAGAGUGGAUAAGACUUUUCUGGAAAAUCUUCCGUAGCUCAUCUGAAGACCUCUCUCUUUUUUCUGAUUGGCCCAUUAUUCCUGCUUUUCUUGGCCGCCCAAUCUUGUGUCGCGUGAGAGAACGUCAUCUUGUCUUCGUUCCUCCCCUUAUUAGGGAUUUGGCAAUUUCUGAUAGUACUCCUGAAGUAGAGCUACCUGAAGCUGGUCAAUCUGAAUGUUCUUAUUCUCAUGAAAUAGAAGCAUAUCUGUUGUCAUAUAAAUUUAUAGAUGAGAAGUACCCUUGGUUGUUUUCGCUGCUUAAUCAAUAUAAUAUUCCCAUUUUUGAUGUUAAUUACCUGGAUUGUGCUACUUCAUUGAAGUGUCUGCCACUAGAGGGGCAGUCAUUAGGGCGGACUAUAUCAUCUAAACUUGUAGCAGCUAAACGAGCUGGGUAUUUUCCUCAACUUACAUCCUUUUCAGAAUCUGAACGAGAUCAGCUUUUCAGUUUAUUUUCUUCUGGUUUCUCUUCUAGUAGUUCUGAUUAUGGAAGGGAAGAACUUGAAGUGCUACGCAAUCUUCCCAUUUACAGAACAGUUCGUGGGACAUAUACCCAAUUGGAAAAUGAGGAUCUUUGCAUGGUCUCUUCGAAAACAUUUCUCAAACCAUCUGAAGAUAGGUGUCUUUCUAAGUCUGCCGAUUCUACUGAAAGUUCUUUACUUCGAGCACUUGGAGUUCCUGAAUUUGAUGAUAAACAGAUUCUUAUAAAAUUUGGAUUGCCUGGAUUUGAACAUAAACCUCGGCUUGAGAAGGAGGAUAUCAUGAUAUAUUUGUAUACAAACUGGAAAGAUCUUCAAUCAGAUUCAUCUGUAAUUGAGGUGCUGAAAGUCUCUAAUUUUGUCAAAACAGCUGAUGAACACUCUGAAAACCUCUGUAAACCCCCAGAUCUAUUUGACCCUGGUGAUGCUUUAUUGACAUCCGUAUUUUCUGGUAUGAGGAAGAAAUUUCCAGGAGAGCGGUUCAUUUCUGAUGGAUGGCUUCAGAUCUUGCGGAAAGCGGGCCUCCGAACUUCUGCUGAGGCAGAUGUUAUUCUAGAGUGUGCAAAGAGAGUGGAGUAUCUUGGAGUUGAAUGUAUGAAAGAUGCAGAGGUUCCCAAUGAACUAAGUGUUUGGAAUCCCAAGAACGAAGUAUCUUUUGAGAUUUGGGUGUUGGCUGAAACUUUGGUCAAAACAAUUUUCUCUAAUUUUGCUGUUCUCUAUGGAAACAACUUCUGCAAUCUCCUUGGAAAGAUUGCUUGUAUUCCCGCUGAAAAAGGGUUCCCAAAUAUAGGUGGCAAAAGAAGUGGGAAUAGAGUGCUUUCUUCCUACUCUGAAGCUAUACUGAUGAAGGAUUGGCCUCUUGCUUGGAGUUGUGCUCCAAUCCUUUCAAUGCAGAGUGUUGUACCCCCUGAGUAUGCUUGGGGACCACUUCAGCUGUCGAGUCCUCCAGCCUUCUCAUGUGUACUUAGUCACCUUCAGGUUAUUGGAAGAAAUGGUGGUGAGGACACCCUUGCUCAUUGGCCUGCUAUAUCAGGUAUUAAAACAGUUGACGAAGCUGCACUUGAGAUUUUGAGGUAUCUGGACAAAUUUUGGAGCUCCCUCUCUUCUUCAGAUAUCACGAAGCUGCAGCAAGUAGCUUUCUUGCCUGCGGCAAAUGGUACCCGCCUCGUGAAAGCAAGCUCUCUUUUUGCCCGUUUGACUAUAAAUAUUUCUCCAUUUGCAUUUGAGCUGCCUUCGGCAUAUCUCCCUCAUGUGAAGAUUCUCCGCGAUUUGGGCCUUCAAGACUCACUUUCUGUUGCUUCUGCAAGGAAUCUUCUUUCAGAUCUUCAAAGAGUUUAUGGUUAUCAGCGUCUGAAUCCAAAUGAAUUCCGUGCUGCGCUGGAAAUUUUACGUUUCAUUUGUGAUGAGAACAGCCCAGAAAUCUCCAACUGGGAUUCUGAAGCAAUUGUUCCUGAUGAUGGAUGCAGGUUGGUCCAAGCAAAAUCAUGUGUAUAUAUUGACUCUCGUGGUUCCCAUUAUGUUAAACAUAUUGACACUUCCAGAAUAAGAUUUGUUCACCAAGAUCUUCCAGAGAGGGUCUCUGAGUCCCUAGGUAUCAAAAGGCUGUCAGAUGUCGUAAAAGAGGAACUGGACAAUGGUGAAGACUUAUGUGAACUGGAGUGUAUCGGUUCUAUUUUGCUUGUUGCCAUCCGGCGUAAGUUACUGAGUGAAUCAUUCCAGGUGACAGUGUGGAGAAUACUAACUACCUUAGUUAGUAGCCAUCCCGGAUACGGCAGGCCAAACCUUGAGACCAUCCAAAAAACAUUGGUAUCUAUUGAAGAAAGAUUGAAGUUCGUCAAAUGCUUAUACACUCGUUUCUUAUUGCUCCCAAAAUCUGUGAACAUCACCCUUGUUUCUAAGAAUUCUGUUCUUCCAGAGUGGGAUGCUACAUUGCAACAUAGGGCCCUCUAUUUCAUAGAUCAGUUCAAAACACGAGUCUUAAUUGCUGAACCACCAAAUUAUAUAGCCGUUACAGAUCUAGUUUCUGCAGUGAUAAGUCGCAUUCUGGACUCACCAGUUUCCUUACCACUCGGAUCGUUAUUUCUUUGCCCUGAGUACUCCGAGACUGCAGUACAUGAUGUCCUGAAACUUUGUUUUCACACAAGAAGUGCAGAGUUUGGAGGUGGAAUUGAGACUUUUCUUGGUAAAGAGAUACUUCCUCAAGAUGCUACUCGGGUGCAAUUCCAUCCUCUAAGACCUUUCUAUAAGGGAGAGAUAGUGGCUUGGAGGUCCUCAAAUGGAGAAAGACUUAAGUAUGGCAGGGUACCAGAAAAUGUCAAGCCAUCAGCAGGACAAGCACUUUACAGAUUUAUGCUGGAAAUUUCACCAGGGAUUACCGAGCCAGUUAUCUCUUCGAACAUAUUCUCGUUUAAGAAUAUCUCUUAUAGUGGUGAAGAUUCAUCAGCUAUCUUACAGGAGGGCGAUAAAAUGGUUUAUGAACACAAAAAGGCAGAAAGUUCAGGGGUUAAGACAAGCUCCUCUCAGCCACAGCCUGUGCAAGACCUUCAGCGUGGUCGAGUAUCAGCAGCCGAAUUCGUCCAAGCUGUGCAUGAGAUGCUUUCAUCAGCUGGCAUCAGUCUAGAUGUUGAAAAGCAGACACUAUUACAGACAUCGUUAACACUGCAAGAACAACUUAAAGAAUCCCAGGCUGCAUUAUUGCUUGAACAGGAAAAGUCUGACAUGGCUACCAAAGAAGCUGAUACAGCAAAAGCAGCAUGGUCGUGCCGGGUGUGUUUAAACAGUGAAGUCGAUGUUUCGCUGAUUCCUUGUGGGCAUGUACUGUGUAGGACAUGCUCCUCUGCAGUUUCAAGGUGUCCAUUCUGUCGCCUCCAAGUAUCAAAAGCCAUGAGAAUCUUUCGACCUUGAUUCAAUGAGCUAAAUUGGGUACUGUCUUGUAUUAAUAUAUGAUAUAUGUGCUUCUAGCAAGUGGUCGUAUCGUCUGCUUGAAGUAAUAUUAGGGGGAUUUUGUCUUGCGGCUGCGUUUACUGUGCCGACUUUUCCAAAGUUUUGUACUCCAUAUAGAAUUCAUAGUAGAAUUAAAAUUGUAUAUUGCAUUUACUAUUUUUAUGGUGAUAAAGAGCACGUGCAGGUAAUGUUUUACAGCAUUUAAACAUUGCCAUCGUAGUCUACAUUUUUCUAA